UGCGCAGAGCGAAGGAGUGGCGGAAGUGAAGCGGUGGAGGAGGAAGAGGCGCCAUGGAGGCGCUGGCUGUCACCGCCCAGCUCUGCGGGCCGGAGCUGGAGCGCUACGGGCGCUGCGUGGCCGCGAGUCCCGGCAGGUGGCACCGGGAUUGUCACCAGCUGUCCCUGAGCGUCACCGAGUGCGCCACCAACCACCCCCUGGUUCGCCAGAUCCGCCGCGAUUGCUCCGAACCCUUCGGUGCCUUCGAGCGCUGCCUCCGAACCCGGCCCCAGGAGGUGGCAGAGUGCCAGCCCCAGGUCACCCAGUUCCUGCUCUGUGCCCAGAGUGUCACCCAGAAUGUCACCUCAGGUGUCACACCUGGUGUCACCCCCACAGGAUUUCCAGGAAAUUGAAGCUCCCAGGAUUAGAAUUUUUGGGAUUAAUCAAAUUCCCUGCUCAGGGGAGGAAAAAAGAAGGAAAAACCUUUGGAAAAAAACUUGGAAAAAGCAGGAAAAAUUUGGGAAUUCCACCUGGGAACUGGCGCAGGUCAUCCUGGAGCUCCUCCUCAUCCAUCCUGGAUUUUUUUUGGGAAUUUUUUUGGGAUUUUUCAGGAUCAGAAGAAAUCCAGGAACGAUCCCAGGAAUGUUCCAGUUCCCCCUCCCCCACCAGAAAGUUAAAAUUUAAUCCAAGGAAUUUUGGGGGAUUUUUUUUGGCCAAUCCCAAAGAAUUUCUUGGGGUUUUUUAGCUCUUCAUUUAAGGAAUUUUGGGAAUUUUUAGAGAUUUUUUUUAAAACAAACAAAAAAAAAAUUAAUUUUUUUAGGGAUUUUUUGGGAGAUUUUUGUGUGAUUAUCAUGGAUUUUUCGAGACUUUUUGUGGGGUUUCCAUUGAUUUUUUAAAUUCAUUUUAAUGGAUUUUUUUCUCUUUUAGGGGAAUUUUAAGGUAUUUUCAUAGGUUAUUUUUUGAUUGCAGGGUUUUUAAAAUGUAUGGAUUUUUUUUUAAAUUUUUGAGCAAUGUUUUAUGGAUUUGGGAGGAUUUUUGUGGACUUUUAAUGGAUUUUUUGUGGACUUUUGAAUAAUUUAUUAUAGAUUUGGGAUUUUAGUGGAUUUUUUUUUUUUUUUUUAGAUUUUGGGGGGAUUUCUGUGGAUUUUUGAGGGAUUUCUUUGGAUUUUGGAGAAUUUUUCUUCUAAUUUUGGGGAGAUUUUGGGGGAAUUUUCAAAGAUUUUCCUCCUCUUUUUGAAUCAAAUCCACAAAAUCCCGGAGCUGCCGCCUCCAAACCCCCAUAAAAAACGAGUGUGGGAAAUGGAAAAAAUCGGGAAUUUUCCCCUCCCUCCUAAAAAAAAACCAAAAAAAACCCCGAAAACUUGGAUUUAGGAAUAAAUACCUCAAUUCCGAGGGCACGGAGACCUAGAAAUGUCACCGGGUUUCGUCACCGGGGCCAAAUUCCGGACGAUUUUCUGGCCACAGCUCCAGAGGAUUCGGGGUCAAAAUGGCACCGAGUCCCUGAGGGGAGGGGAAAAGGGCGGGAAAAAAAAGGCGGGAAAAACAAAAAAGGGGGAAAAAAGGGCAGGGAAAAAUUCUCUUUAUCUAGGUCCAUGUUCUUUUCUUAUUUUAAAUAUUCUGGUUUCUACAAACUCCAAAACUUCCAUGAUUAACACUAAUAAUUUAUCAAUUAUCACAUUGGGUUUAAUCAUCGAUUUCCCUUUAUCCAAGUCCGUGUUCUAUUCUUAUUUUAAGCAUUCUGGUUUCUACAAACUCCAAAACUUCUGUGAUUAACACGAAUUACUUAUCAAUUACCACAGCCGCGCGGGUUCUGGAGCAUUGAAUUUAUUUAUAUUAAAACUGUUUUUAGAGUUUCCCGUUA